ACAACGAUAUCUCGUCCACAGCCCAGCAGUUUCCACCUUGAAUGCAUCACAGUGUGUGUUGUAUUGCCUUGAGAAGGCUCUGGUAUAACCAACAAGCAUAAAUAUCACACGAAGGCGGCUAAGUCUAGAAGAAGAUAUGUCCGAGAAGGACCCCAAAUCAUCCCAGGACCUGACUGUUGUGGUACAGGCCUUACUGCAGCAGAUGCAGGACAAGUUCCAGACCAUGUCAGACCAGAUCAUUGGGAGAAUUGAUGAGAUGAGUAUGCGAAUCGAUGACCUGGAAAAGAACAUCUCUGACCUCAUGACUCAGGCAGGUGUGGAGGAGAUUGAGGAGGAGAUCAAAGUCACUGAGACCUCUGGAACUGCUUAAAGUCAAUGGCCAACACCAUCUUAACUGCCAAGGAACACAUUGAGGACCUUGGACUGCAGUAUCAACAUUUUUAAACAAAACAUAAAUUAAUCUUUUUAUAUUUAAUUAGAGGAAGAGUUCUCUCAAAAUAAAAAAAUAAGUUAAUAUUUUCUCACCCUCAUGUCAUUCCAAACCUGUAUGCUGAUUAUUUUUCUGUGGAAUACAACAAGAGUCUUUGAAGAAUCUUCAUGUAGCUCUUUUCUGUACAGACAAUUCAUAGAGACCAUGUCUGUCAAAACACCAUAAAAACACUAUAAAUGUAGUGCAAACAACUCAUUCACAAUAUUCCAAGUCUUCUGCCAUACGAUAACUUUGAGUGAGGAACAGGCAGAAAUUUAAAUUAUUGACAGGAAAUGUUCCCCUCUGCCGAAUCUCUGAAAUUUUAUUUUAUUAUUUUUUCUUUUCAUUUUGUUUUUGUAGUUUGGCAGACUUGGUGACUAUGAACUGUUAGUUAGAAAUUCGCUGCAUGAAGAUUCUUAUAAAAUUCUGCUUUUUUGUUCCAAGUUUUGGAACAUGAGGGUGUGUAAAUACUGACAGAAUUUGUUACAGUAUAUUAGGGUGAACUAAUCCUUUUAAGUAAAAAUGGUGCUUGCCUAUGUGGUCUACUGUAAGUGUACAGACUUUAUUACAUAUUGAUAACAACUGUCUUAAUGAACAGAUAUCAAGAUAUUAAAAUGUUUUUGUAUUUAUUCAUUGUAAUGAAAGUCUGGUAAAACCAUGUGGUUCCUGCUUGUUUUGCUGAUUAUUAAAGUGCUUUCACAAA